CCGGCAGUGACGCACGGCCCCGGGCCCGCCCCGGCAGUGACGCGGCCGCCCUGGGCCCGCCCCCGGCCCACGCCGGGCCCUUCCUUUCUCGCCGACAUCUUGCGGAGCAGCUGCGGCCGCAUCAUGCCGCCCAAAGACGAUAAGAAGAAGAAGGACGCGGGCAAGUCCGCCAAGAAGGACAAGGACCCGGUCAACAAGUCCGGCGGCAAAGCCAAGAAGAAGAAGUGGUCCAAGGGGAAAGUGAGAGACAAGUUGAACAACCUCGUCCUGUUUGACAAGGCCACUUAUGACAAACUGUGCAAAGAAGUGCCCAACUACAAGCUCAUCACACCUGCAGUUGUCUCAGAAAGGCUGAAGAUUCGAGGUUCCCUGGCUCGGGCUGCCCUCCAGGAGCUCCUCAGCAAAGGGUUGAUCAAACUGGUGUCCAAGCACCGAGCCCAGGUGAUUUACACCCGGAACACGAAAGGUGGAGACGCGCCUGCUGCAGGGGAGGACGCGUAGGGAGGUUCUUCAGUGACUUCGUCAACAAUGUGUCAUAUGUAGAUGCACACAAUAAAAUUAUUGGUUAUAAUUUUUCUUGAUUUUUCAA